UCUUGUUUGCAUUCUUGUCUUAUUUUACAAGCGCUACAAAAAAGGAGCAAAAUUUGCUAGAUCGCCAAUCUCUCUCUCUCUCUCUAUAUAUAUAUAUAUAACUCUUGCUGGAUGAGUUUUAUAUUGCAGCUUGAAUGAGGUAUUUGUUUUUGUUUUUGUGAUUGUUUAUUGUUUACUCUACUGAUGAAUUUUUCUCUUUUGUUUUUUUCAGUGUUUCUAGUGUAUUAUAUUAUUGCAGGAAAACUGGAUCUUUUAGCAAAACGAGAUUAUGACUGCGUGAGUAAUAUAUAUUGUGUUAGGUUUAAAAUUAUACAGUGAUGGAAGCGUUGACCACCUAAAUUCUACAGGUUUAACUAGAAAUACUCCCAAGUAUAUCAUAAAAUAGAACUCCUGGCUCUGAUCUCGAAAAUCUUCCAUUUACAAUUCCUUUCUAGAUUGUUUGCCAAUUAAAAUAAUAUGAUCUUGCAAUCUCCCCCAGUCAAUACCUUUCAGAUUCAAAGUUUCUGGUGUUCUAACAGAUUCCCUUCCUUUGUUUCCUGUAUUGUAUAACUGCUUGUGUACUUUGUGUUUUAUGAAUUCUUCUUAUCAGUAUCAUCUAUUACAUGUGAAUUUGGCAUCUUUGAAACCACAGUAUGAGUAAAUGCAGUUCGCUAGGUGAUGUUUUUUGAGAGUUCUUUCAACCUCCUGUAGUCCUUUUGCCAACUGUGGAUAAUUUCCAAUUUUUAUAAAUGGUGAAACCUCAUGUUUCUGUGAAGUUAAGAAGGUGGGGUGGAGCACUUCACAGACCAAUCUUUAUGCUUGGCAUCUUAGCUGUAUUGAUUUGUAUUUUUACUAUGUCCAAAUUCUUUUCUAUCAGAUCUCUUUUUAUUUCUGAUACCUUGUGCAAUCAUGUCAAUAUGAAAUGUCAAAGCAAUUUUAGAAGUGAUGAAGUAGCAGCUGUUGAAUCUGUUGUUCAAAAGAUACUAGAAGAGAUUAAUGAGGUAAAAGAUUUGCGAACAGAUGCAUCAUCAGCGACAUUUUUAUCCAGAUACAUUACUUUUCUUACUGAUAUUUUGGGGGUUCUUGAGUCAUUACCAGCAUCUUGGCCUACAGAUAAAGGAAUGCAUCAGCAGAACACUGAAAUCACAAAGCUCCAUCCUCCAUUAACGCCAAAACAACAAUCAGAUGAACCUGCUGAUUUCUUCUUAAUAGAAGAGAUUCGCAAGUAUGUAAGGAUCAAACCCAACCGACUAGGCAAACAAAACUUCAUGGGAGCUAAUGGAACAUUUACAAGUAUUGGCCAUGCUUGUUUUGCCAUGAAGAAAGAGCUUGAAGAAUAUAUGGACUACGAUGUUGGUGAAAUCUGCAACGAUGACUGGAAACUAGCUCAAAAACUGAUGAUUCAUGGGUGUGAUCCAUUACCAAGGAGGAGAUGUUUCUCAAGAGCACCACAACUAUACAGCAAACCAUUCCCUAUAAACGAGUCAAUGUGGAAGCUUCCUGAUAAUCGAAAUGUCCGGUGGAGCCACUAUAGAUGCAAAAAUUUCACUUGCCUGGCUAGGAACACCACUGGCAAGGGAUUCUUUAAAUGUGCAGAUUGCUUCAAUCUCACAGCUCAUGAAAUGCCCAGGUGGAUCAAACAUGUAAAUCUUGACACUGACAUGAAUCUUACUGCAGAUUUUCUGAUACCUGAAGUGCUUAACAUUAAGCCUGGAGAAAUUAGAAUUGGAUUGGAUUUCAGUGUAGGAACAGGAACUUUCGCGGCUCGAAUGAGAGAGUUCAAUGUCACAAUAGUCUCUGCAACUGUCAAUCUUGGAGCACCUUUUAAUGAAAUGAUUGCUCUUCGCGGACUUGUACCUCUUUACUUGACUAUAAAUCAACGGCUUCCAUUCUUUGACAAUACACUGGAUUUGAUACACACAACAAGAUUUCUUGAUGGUUGGAUUGAUUUUGUGCUACUGGACUUCAUAUUAUACGACUGGGAUAGAGUUUUGAGGCCAGGCGGUCUGCUAUGGGUUGACAGCUUUUUUUGUCUGAAAGAGGAUUUGAAUGAUUAUAUAGAAGCUUUUAAGAUGCUAAGGUACAGAAAGCAUAAAUGGAUGGUUGUUCCUAAGCUGGACAAAGAUGAUGAUCGUGAAGUGUUCUUUUCUGCUGUCCUCGAAAAGCCUCCUAGACCAUUUCGUUAAAUCUUGAACAGUUUAACCGCUUCAGUCAUUGAUGUUUGUAUAGUAUAACUGUAAGCAAUGCAUGGAAGAGACUGUAGUUGGAUAAUAUCAAGACCAAGAAAGGUUAUAUGAAUUAUUUGUAUUCUGGAUCCAGUAAUAAUGUAAUUCUUGAAGUAGGCCAACAUGGGUUAUCUAUGUUCCUUCCAAA